AUGCCCGACAAUCCCAACCAAAGCAACAAUAAAGAGAACAACACUAUGAUGCCCGCUCCUCUGCCCUGGUCCAAGCCUUUCGUCCAUCCCAAGAGCACCCCUGAAGGCUGGGGCACGCUCCAAUCCAGGCGUUCGUACAAGUAUCUUGAGUUGUUUGUACCCAAUCGUGCAGCAGAGCAGGUGCGCGACUCUGACAAGGACACAACAUUGGCAACGAACAGCCACAAUAACGCCAAAGAUAUCGAGGAAUCUCCAGAAGAAGCCGAGUGUUCGGAAUGGGGGCAGUUUGCACCUAUCGAAGAAGAGGAGACGGAGGAGGAAGACAAGGAGCAACCCUAG